GUCGACGACUGGUUUUCGCAAACCGCCAUGGCUACAGCUACAAGGCUUCUCCGGAGAUUACCGAGGUCUCUCAAGCUUCCUCCACCAACACUUCUCCGUAGCAACAACGGAACAAGGGUUUCAAGCUGUUUUUCUCACAAAACCAACGAGACAUUUGGAUCUCGUAACCGCCACGAUUCUAUUACCACUAGGAGCUUGUCUUCUCAAGGUCCUGCUCCUAUCGAUUACAGUUCGAUUUUGAAGGAGGAUGAGUUUCACAAAUUAGCCAAUGUCACUAUCAACCACCUUCUUGAGAAGAUUGAGGAUUAUGGUGAUAAUGUUCAGAUUGAUGGGUUCGACAUUGAUUAUGGGAAUGAAGUUCUUACCCUUAAGCUUGGAUCUUUAGGUACAUAUGUUCUCAAUAAGCAAACUCCUAAUCGACAAAUCUGGAUGUCUUCACCUGUCAGUGGUCCGUCUAGAUUUGACUGGGACCGUGAUGCUAAUGCGUGGAUUUAUCGACGAACGGAAGCAAGGUUGCAUAAACUGUUGGAAGAAGAGUUAGAGAAUCUAUGUGGCGAACCAAUUCAACUCUCAUAGCCUUAAAACAGUAUUUGUGAGUUUAUCUUGGAACUGCUCUGCCCUUAAAAAGGUGUAUGUAUGAAACAUCAAGAUGAAUAAACAAACUAGACACAUGAAAAGGUUGUUUCAGUGUGAAAACCUGAUUGAUGUUUUUGAUUGUACCUUUCUUACAGAAGUGUCUCAUGGUGACGCUGUUACAC